GUGAAAUGCGACUUGCUACCCUUCUUGGCGAUAAUUGGUGUCUUCUGGCUAACCUUCAGUCUCUUCACUGUGGCCAUGAUAUACAAGCCGCAUGGUCCAGAGAACUUGGGGGAGCACUGGCAUGAAGUCCUCUACGUUGCACGUAACAACUUCUUCUCCAUGUUUGGGGAAUUCGACAUAGCUGACAACAUUGCUGAAAUCGCCACCGAAGAGGAAGAAUGCGUCCGUUUUGGGGAGUGCACGUAUCCCGGGGCUCAGCACAUCUACCCCAUCAUUAUGAUGGUCUAUGUGCUUUUAACUCACGUACUGCUCAUUAACCUACUCAUCGCCAUGUUCACAGAACGCUAUGACAAGAUGGAGCAUAUGUCAAAGCAGCUUUGGGCAAUGCAAAAGUUUGGGCUAGUCAAGUCAUUUGCCAACGCACCUCCACUGCCUUUCCCCUAUGUGCUCCUCUGGCCCUUCAUUUCCGCCCUCAGACUGUGUUACCGUCUAUUUCAACACCACCCAACUGAUGAUACGCCCUUUUGCUUCGAGGUGGAUGAGGCGCGACAGGGUCAAAUCAUAAAUUGGGCUAGAUUUCGCAGCCUGGACUACUUACAUCGCCAUCCCAAUGCAUUCCAACGGUUGAAAGUGCAAGCUCGCUAUGGCAAGUUGCAUAAGAAGACAUGGUGGUUGGAGAUAGAGGGGAAGGAGUACGAAGAAUCACAAAUCACCACAAUUGGUGCCCGAGUAGCCAUUGAAAUGGUGGAGAACCGACUGCAGGCAAUGGAGAUGCGUCUGUCAGCGGCUGCUGCUGCUGCUGCUGCUGCU